AGAUAUGAGUAACUUAAUAUUAUUAUCAAAUAUUAUGUUCAUCGUCUUUUAUUUGGACUUAUAGAAAUAGACUAUACAGUUAUUACAGUUGACUAUUACUGGAAUUUUUAAACCCUUGGCAAGUGACGCCAACCAUUUUCUACUACCCAACUCAGUCAUGUUUUCAAAACAGUUAUGGAGGUCGUUCGCCGCAAGGAACAAAAUCGUAAAUGGCUUAUUAAAACACAAUGAAAAGAAAACCCAGUCAUCAUCGAUAGUCACUCGAAAUGCAUCCAAUAGAAAUUCCGAUAUUGAUGCAGAGUUGAAUAAACCUGUGAAAUAUACAACAAGUCCCGCGCACGAUUGGAAGGCUCAACAUUCUCGAAUAGGAAGCAAGGCCGAAUUUGGUCCAUGGUAUGAACCCCAUGCCGUCAGUGCAAGCUUAAUUUUAUUUAUGAUAUAUUUUUUUAUAUUACGCGAAGAAAAUGACCUCGAUUUAUUGUUGGAUAAACCACUGUCAGAGACAUUAAAAAAGGAAUAAUUAUUUAGUUAUUUUAGAAUUUUAUUAGGUACCUAUGAAUACAUUUUAAAUAGACCAAUAAGUCAUAUUAUGUACAUUUGUUUUGAUUUUUAAUAGUAAAUUUAUAAAUUUGAAUAUGCCAUAGGUUCAUACAAAAUAAAAAUUAUGUAAUU